CGAAGCGGAUACCUAAAAGAAAAAAACGAACUCGUUUAUGGCUGCUUGAAUGGGUUAUCCUCCAGUUAAUUGGAAUACGAUAUUGAAGGUCACCCUGACAUGGAACAGGAAAGGGAGGCAAGGGAACGCGCAGCGAUUCUCACAAGUUUGAAUAACGAGGUGAUCACAUUGAAGGAGUUGCUACGGGAACGUGACAGUGAGAUAAUUAAACUUCAUCGCGAAAUACACAAGCUGAAGAGCGUGCUGCAGCAAACGACCAACACCAAUAACAAUGUGGCAUCAACAGCAGCAUCCAACCCACAAACGGGAGUCUACACUCAUCCCGAGCAGUGCGAGGAGGUGAGCAGCAGUCGACAACAGCAUGAGCGGCAGGUGUGCAGCGCCUGUGGCCUGGCUAUGGUAGCCAGCCAGGAUGGUAAUGGGGAGUCGUCACCACUGGAGUCGGAGACAACAGCAGAGAAUGAAAUGAAAACAGAGUUGCCAAUGGAGCCGCGUCCCAAGCCCCUGUUGCCGGCCAUUAAAAAGCAGGGAGUCUCGGCAGAGAGCUCGCUGAAGUCCAAUCGACAAUCCUACAGUGCGUCCAUACCCAAAUAUGAGAAGGAUUUCAGUGCCAAGCAACAGAUCAAGGAUGCCAUUAUGGACAAUGAUUUUCUCAAGAAUAUCGAUGCAUCGCAGGUGCGCGAACUGGUGGACUCCAUGUACUCGAAGAGCAUCGAGGCGGGCGAGUUUGUUAUACGCGAGGGCGAAGUGGGUGCCCAUUUGUAUGUGUCCGCUGCUGGUGAAUUUGCCGUGAUGCAGAAUGGCAAGGUGCUCGAUAAAAUGGGACCUGGCAAGGCAUUCGGUGAGCUGGCGAUACUCUACAAUUGCACAAGGACCGCCUCCAUACGGGUGGUGAGUGAAGCGCGUGUUUGGGUGCUCGACCGUCGCGUCUUUCAGCAGAUUAUGAUGCGAACUGGCUUGCAGCGCAUCGAAAAUAGUGUAAACUUUUUGAAAUCUGUGCCACUGUUGCGUAAUCUGAGCGAACAACUGCUGGCGAAGAUUGCCGAUGUGCUUGAGUUGGAGUUUUAUGCGGCCGGCACAUAUAUCAUACGUCAGGGCACCGCUGGCGAUAGUUUCUUUCUCAUCUCGCAGGGCAAUGUGAGGGUGACUCAGAAGUUAAGCCCAUCCGCUAUGGAGGAAACGGAGCUGAGAACGCUUACGCGUGGCGAUUACUUUGGCGAACAGGCGCUCAUUAAUGAGGAUAAGCGUACAGCGAAUAUAAUUGCUCUGUCACCAGGCGUUGAGUGCCUCAGUUUGGAUCGGGAUUCGUUUAAGCGUCUCAUUGGCGACUUGUGUGAACUCAAAGAGAAGGAUUAUGGCGAUGAGAGCCGCAUGCUGGCCAUGAAACAGGCACAGGCACAAGCCGACGAAUCAUUUGGGGCGCUGGCACAAAUGGAAUAUCCUGAUUUACAGCUCACAGAUCUGGAGGUUGUGAGCACUUUGGGCAUCGGUGGCUUCGGUCGCGUCGAGCUGGUCAAGGCGCAUCACCAAGGACGCGAGGACAUCUUUGCGCUCAAGUGCUUGAAGAAACAGCAUAUUGUUGACACCAAGCAAGAGGAUCACAUCUACAGCGAACGCAGCAUAAUGCUCAGCUCCAAGUCACCAUUCAUCUGUCGCCUGUAUCGCACAUUCCGGGACGAGAAGUAUGUCUAUAUGCUGCUAGAGGCUUGCAUGGGCGGCGAGAUCUGGACAAUGCUACGUGAUCGCGGUUCCUUUGAGGACAAUGCUGCUCAGUUCAUCAUUGGCUGUGUACUGCAGGCCUUUGAAUAUCUUCACGCACGAGGCAUUCUCUACAGAGAUCUCAAGCCGGAGAAUCUCAUGCUAGAUGAGCGUGGAUAUGUUAAGCUGGUGGACUUUGGCUUUGCCAAGCACAUUGGUAGCAGCACCAAAACGUGGACAUUUUGCGGCACACCGGAAUAUGUGGCACCGGAAAUUAUACUCAACAAAGGACACGAUCGCGCCGUGGAUUAUUGGGCACUGGGCAUACUCAUACACGAACUGCUCAAUGGCGCUCCACCGUUUAGCGCACAGGAUCCGAUGCAGACAUACAAUCUGAUUUUGAGAGGCAUCGAUAUUAUCACAUUUCCAAAGCAUAUCUCACGCUGGGCCGUGCAUUUGAUCAAGCGUCUCUGUAGGGACGUGCCCUCAGAACGAUUGGGCUAUCAAACUGGGGGCAUUCAGGACAUCAAGAAGCACAAAUGGUUUCUGGGCUUCGAUUGGGAUGGCCUCGCCAGUCAGCUGCUGAUACCACCAUUUGUGCGACCCAUCGCCCAUCCCACAGAUGUGCGCUAUUUUGAUCGAUUCCCCUGCGAUCCCAUUGAGCCGCCGGAUGAGUUCUCUGGCUGGGAUGCAGACUUUUAGUCUUAGCCUUAUCAUUUUUUGUUAUUGUUGAACAACUUUGCCUUACUUGACUUUGGACUUAUUGCAAUAAUUAGGAAAUUACAUAGGAUUCUUGUAUUCAAUUUAGUUUUGUUAUAUUUGUACUAAUUGACGUGAUUUGACACUUGACAAUAAAUAGAAAU